UCGAGUUCCUUGCAGUUCGCUUUCGUCGAAUCAAGCAAUUUCAUUCCCCCUGUUGUCUUCUCUCGAACAAAGGCGCGAGAAGUUUUUGCAAACCCUAACGCUUAGAUCAGAAGAAGAACUCGCGAGAGACACAUCGACAAUGAAUUCAGCAGGUCGAAGAAGUGGAGGAGGCCUUCUCGAAGGUUUUUACAGAGUGAUCAUGCGCCGUAAUUCUGUUUACGUCACAUUCAUCAUCGCUGGUGCCUUUGUUGGAGAACGGGCCGUGGAUUAUGGAGUUCAGAAGCUCUGGGAGUACAACAAUGUCGGGAAACGGUACGAGGACAUUUCAGUUUUGGGGCAAAGACCAGUGGAAGAAUGAAACUGUUAGCCACUUAAAACCUACACAAUCAUGGAUUCAAGAGGUAAAGGAACUGGCUGUCUUAGGAUGGUAAAUGAGAAUGUAUUUCCAAUAGGAAAAAGGUUCUCUUUUUUUCCGCUCUGGAAAGUUUUUGUUUCUUCAUGAGAUUCUAAUGAUAUUUUAUUUGAUUUAAGUUUGGAGUUACAAGCUUGUCUAUUACUUUUGAUUGUUCAUCGAGAAUACAAUAAAAGCAAAAUGUUGAGAGUACUACUUAGAAAGUUACAAAGGUAUCAGCAUUCAGCAGUGA